AUGGACAUGUACAUCUGCGCCCCCUGGGGAAACUACGAGCUAGAACUCGUCUUCAAGAGCACCAAGGGCGGUAACGCCAUGGAGAAGAUCGCGUGGGAGGUCGAGUACGGCCCUGAUGAGGGGAACUACUCGGUCAUGUACUCGGGACCGUUCCCUCCGCUGGAAUGCAGCAACCUGCACCCCUCCGGCAUCACGUACGAGAGGUGGUACAGCGUGGGGAUAUUCGGCACCGCCGACGGGCCCACAGGUAGCGCCAACUACCACGCCGAGAACUACCACAUGUUCGACGGCAUCGACGACGACGGGGUGAACGCUGACAAGGUCACGACACUGGAGAAAUGCGCGGCCACCUGCACAGCUCGAGGAACGCAGUACUUCGGUCGCGAGUUCGCGGUCAAGCCGUACCGACAACGUCUACGGCGACGGGGGCUCCGUGUGCGCAUCGACAUCACGUUCGGCGGCGACGCCCCCGACUACAAGUGCCUGUGCUCCGGCGACUCCCGCGUGCUGUGCGGUACCGACGACCACAUCUCGGUGUACUCCCUCGACGGCAGGACCGGUGGCGGCGACGACGACUCCGGCAACCCUCCCGUCGACUCCGAGUUCAUCGGAUGCGUUGCCGACAAACCCUGA